AUGGAUACUACGGUACUGCGAGCCACACAGCAGGAACAACUGUCCCACCCAUGGCACUUCACCUCUUUUGAGACUGGCCGCAGCGAUAUACCAGCUACCAAAACACUACACCAGGACCAUGACUAUGAACCCAGCCCUGCUGUUCUUCGAUUCCCAAAAGUCCUCAGCAAAUUUCCAUACACCUUUGUUGACACCGAACAAGGUGUGAUCAAGUUCAUCAACAAGCUCGUAGAACUCGGCAUGGACAACACCCAAGCCACAGCCAAGUGGUCUGCGAUCGCAACCUUACAGGCCUCGGACCAAAUCUUAGAACUACGCCGCCGCGAGUUCAACCCCGCGUACAAGCCAAAGACUUUCGCAGAUCUGAAUCGCCCACACAGCGUCGCUGCUCGAAUGCCGGUCGCAGCCAUGCAAGCUUCCAAGAAGAUCCUGGGAUUCGACCGUCGCGCGCAGAAUCCGGCAUAUAAGCCGAAGAUCUCUUCACAUCUCAACUGGCCGAAUAGCGUUGCUCCUCUGGUGCUAGCUUUGGACCUGGAUUGUGAGGGCGUGCGUGAAUCUAGUGAACAUGGUUGA